AUGGAGCACGAAUCAUCCGUUGUUCGUCUACGUCGAAAACUUAGUGAAUUAUCACAAGAGUAUUCAAAAGAAAAACAAGUUCAACCACCAAGAAGUAAAUCCGCUAAUGGACGAGUUCCAGUAUUAGAUCCAAAUGCUAGUUUUCGUUAUCGACGAAUGAGACGAAAAGUUGAUGUUCUUCGUACACAAAUUGAUACUGUCAUAGAAGAUAAUUAUAUUACAACAACUGAUAAAGAUAAUUCACAAAAAGAAAUGAUUCCAACACGUGAUAAUAAUGAUGUAUCAUUGAAAAAGAAAUUGAUAAUGAGUGAUGAUCAAAAUCUUGUCACAAGUGAACUUGUUCAAGUAUUAAAUAGUAAACAAACAAGAAUUGAUGAACUCGAACAACGUUUAAAACAAGUUGAACAACAAGAAUCUCAAUGGAAGAUCAAAUAUGAACGAGAAUGUAAUCUUUGUGAAUUAUUAAAAACAAGAAUUGUUGAACUUGAACAAGAAUUAUUAGGUAGAAAAUAUCAAUCGAAAAUUCUUGGUCAAUUACAAACAGAUGUUAAACGACUUCAUUCAGCUUUUGAUGCCUUAGAAGUUGAAAAUACUCAACUUAAUGUUCAAUUAUCACUUUCUCGUAAUACUCAUCUAUCAUCACAACUUGAUAAAUUUCGAUAUGAAUUAGCGCACACAUGUCACGAAUCAUUAUGCUAG